UUUCUUUCUUUCUUUCAUUCUUUCUUUCUUUCUGUGCCCCUUCCUCUUCAUCCCUCUCCCACCCCUCCCCUGAACGAUACUUACUAUUCCCCCCCCCUCUUCUUCUAAACCAUCUUAUAUUUAGAAUUUCGAGACUUACUUUCAAUGCAUACUUAGUUUCAACUGGGGAAUCAACACAAGCAAAAGCAAUUUUUCCGUGUCUUGACAUCUAGCUUCCUAUUGGCUCACAACGGGUCAGCUGACUUUGUCAUUUUGUCUGUCCUGGAGUGGAGCCGUCCCUAUAACAAUCUAGUUCAGACUACAAACUGGAGACAGAAAUAAAUAUUAAAGAAAUCAUACAAGCCAGGUAUAGGGGGGAAGAUAUGAAUUCCUAUUUCACAAACCCGUCGUUACCUUGCCACCUCACCAGUGGUCAAGAGGUUCUGCCCAACGUGGCGCUCAAUUCCACUGCCUAUGACCCUGUAAGGCAUUUUUCAACUUAUGGAGCAGCGGUUGCUCAAAACAGGAUCUAUUCAUCUCCUUUUUAUUCACCGCAAGAUAAUGUUGUGUUUAGCUCCAGUCGGGGACCGUAUGAUUACGGAUCUAAUGCGUUUUAUCAAGAAAAAGACAUGCUCUCUAGCUGCAGGCAAAAUUCUAUGGGACACAAUACACAAACUUCCAUUGCACAGGAUUUUACAAGUGACCAAAACAGGAGCACAUCCCAGGAACAGAAAACUAGCAUUCAAAUAUAUCCGUGGAUGCAGCGCAUGAACUCCCACAGUGUUUGUUUGGUUUCCGAAUCCAUAGGAGUCGGCUAUGGAGCAGAUCGGAGGAGGGGGCGUCAGAUCUACUCGCGUUACCAGACCCUGGAGCUGGAGAAAGAGUUCCAUUUCAAUCGCUACUUGACGCGACGGAGGAGGAUUGAGAUCGCCAACGCUCUUUGCCUAACUGAACGCCAGAUCAAGAUCUGGUUCCAAAACAGGAGGAUGAAAUGGAAAAAAGAAAGCAAUUUGGGUUCCACCCUGUCUGGGGGAGGUGGCGCUGGAGCAGCUGCGGAUAGCUUGGGCGCAAAGGACGAGAAAAGGGAAGAAACAGAGGAGGAAAAAGCGAAGGAUUGAAAACACUGACGGUGCUGCCAGCUCCUUGUCCCCUUUUCCAGCGCGCGCACGCGCGCGAGCGCGCGCGCACACACACACACACGGUCCCCCUUUCUUUUCCUUCUCUCUUCCUCUGCCCCCCCCAUUUCUCCUUUCCAUUCUCUAGUACCACUGGCACAAUUUAUACAUUUGGCUGCAUAUACGAGAGAGAGAGAGAGAGAGAGAGAGGCGACUGUAGACAUGGAAGACCUCUCCUCCCCCAUCUCUCCAGCACUGAUGGACCCAGUUUCACAACUUUCUUCCUAAGCAGACCAUCAGCCCUCCUCGCCUCCAGCCCCGCCGACCCACCCCUUCUUUCUUGCACCCAAGCCAAAUUAUCUACCUGUGCAUAAAGACUGUGUUUCAUGCAAACCCCACCACCGCCAUUCCUUCUUCCCCCUAGACAGACUCUCGUUUGCAAAAGGUAGAGCCCUCUGCAGGGGUUGCUUUGGGUUGUGUUAGGAUCAACCACGACCAAAUGCACUCUAUGCAGUUUUGCUUCCAAAAUGAUUAUCAUUAUUGUGAUGGUGGUGGUGGUGGUGGUGGUGGUGGUGAUGAAGGGAAAAAAACCCACCACUGAAUUGCCCAUCCCUGUGAAAAUACUUCCCUCUAUACCUUCCGUCUCCCAAACCUCCAAGCUAUGUCUACCUUAAUAUAGCAUUUUCCAGAGUAAACUAAUUGUAUUUAAAUACUACCUGGGGUCAUUAUGCAUACUACAAACUGUGACAGUUUCUGUGUGAAUAUUUUUAGCUGUAUUUGUGGUCUCUGUAUUUAUAUUUAUGUUUAGCACUGUAAUGUUCAAACAGUAUAAAGUGAAUGGAAUUCCUUAGCAAGUAGGAGGCAAAAAUAAAUAAAUCUUGUGUUACACUCUCUAACAUCAUGUAUAAAGGUCACGUCCAGAGGACUAUGG